CAGACUGGGAGCACCUAUCCCGGCCUUUUAAGUCACCACGUAAGUGUUUCCCAUCAGGGGCCGAGUCAGCGCAAACUGUACAACGAUCUGAUGUCUGGGUACAACCCGCUGGAGAGACCGGUCUUCAACGAUUCUCAGAGUCUCAGUGUUUUCUUUGGACUCAGCCUCAUGCAGAUCAUGGAUGUGGAUGAGAAGAACCAGGUUUUAACAACCAACAUUUGGCUACAGCUGUACUGGAAUGACUAUUACCUUCAGUGGAAUACAGCGGAUUAUCCAGGUGUGACCAACGUGAGAUUUCCGGACCACCUCAUCUGGAAACCGGACAUUCUGCUCUACAACAGUGCAGAUGAGAGAUUUGAUGCGACCUUCCACACCAACAUUUUGGUUAACUCGUCCGGCUCCUGUUCCUACCUUCCUCCAGGGAUCUUCAAGAGCACCUGUUACAUCGAUGUUCGCUGGUUCCCAUUUGAUGUCCAGAGGUGCGAGCUGAAGUUUGGCUCUUGGACAUACGGAGGCUGGUCUUUGGAUUUAAAGAUGCUGGAGGCAGAUAUCACCGGUUACAUUGCCAAUGGAGAGUGGGAUCUUGUUGAGGUUCCAGGAAGAAGGAGCGAGCGUUUUUACGAAUGCUGUGACGAGCCGUACCCUGACAUCACGUUCACUGUGGUGAUGCGCAGACGGACCCUGUACUACGGCCUCAAUCUGCUCAUCCCAUGCGUCCUGAUCUCUACUCUGGCUCUGCUCGUCUUCCUCCUGCCUGCUGACUCUGGAGAAAAGAUCUCACUGGCUGAGUACUUUGCCACAACCAUGGUCAUUGUUGGGCUUUCAGUCAUCGCUACCGUUCUGGUCCUGCAGUACCACCACCAUGACCCYGAUGGGGGCAAGAUGCCAAAGUGGACUCGUGUGAUCCUCCUGAACUGGUGCGCCUGGUUCCUACGGAUGAGGCGUCCAGGUGAGGAGCGAGUGCGUUCAGCCUGUCACAACCAGACCCGGCGCAGCAGCCUGACCAGCGUGGACCUGAACGCCAGCACCUUGGCCUCCCAGUCCACGAACGGCCACAUGCUGUAUGUCGGCGUCCGCGGCCUGGAGAGCAUCCACUGCUCCACAGCCGCCACCUCCCCCGACUCGGGGGUCCUCUGCGGACGGCUGCUAGGCAGGCCAGGCGAGGACGAGAUGCUCCUCCCCUCCAGUCAGAGCUGCGCCCCGGGGGGCAACGUGGAACUGGAGCUGGCCAAGAUCCUGGACGAGGUGCGGUACAUCGCCAAGCGCUUUCGUGACCAGGACGAGGACGAGUCGGUGUGCAACGAGUGGAAGUUYGCCGCAUCUGUCAUCGACAGGCUUUGCCUCAUGGCCUUCUCACUCUUCACCAUCCUCUGCACCAUYGGGAUCCUCAUGUCGGCUCCAAAUUUUGUUGAAGCCAUUUCCAAMGACUUUUUCACCUGAAGCUGUGAUCAUAAAGCUGCUGUUUCCUCUCACACCAUAACUGAUUGUAGAAYCUUAGGGAAGUCAAUUUGCUCGCAAUUCCACCCUUUCUUAAAAUUAAAUUCAAGGCUUUAAUUCAGGUAAAUAGUAUGUGAUGUAUAAAUUAUGUGCAUUAGGUUGUUUUGGUAAAAGGUUUUUCUGUCAUUWAAGGGGACAUAUCAUGCAAAAUCCACUUUUUUAGCCCUUAAAUAGAUUUUGUUGUGAACUUGGUCUUAUUUUUUAACCCGUUCAGUUUUCUCCAUUUUCUAUGACAUUUUCUGAACUGUUUGUGAAGGAACUGCUAAAAAAGGUCCAGACUUACCAACUACAAUUUGGUGGUUUUCAUUCUCCUCUGGUUCAGACUCUGGCUCCAACAUGUGAGGCUGGAUGGACAAGUCUUCUGCUGUUGACAUCUUUUAAUUAAUUUGUAAAUAAAACAUUUCUGCACAGCUAUAGAACUACAAUCCCCCCUGAGUGGACCACUCUGGCAGCUGGAGGGGGUGGGGGAAGAAGCGCCUGGUUUAGAUUUAAAGAGACAGCCUCAAAACAAGUUGAUCUGAGAC